AUGGAGGGAAAAAACUGUUUUCAAACCAAGUGGUCGCAGUCCCCGUUGUACAGCGGUGGAAACAUCGCUUCGCUGCAGCUUCCGACUUCGCAUGAGGUUUCCUCGUCUUCGUCUUCGUUGGGCGAGGAGAUUCUUGUGAUGACCUGCGGUGACACCGUGAAUGCGCUUCGGGCAAGUACGGGGGACCUGCUGGCGUCGUAUAAGCUGCCGCUGGAGGACGUCAUUCUCCGUGUGGAUGCUGUCUCAAUUCUGCCUCCAGAGGCACCGCCGACUGACACCACCAACCACGUUGCCAGGGAUGGUAAGAAGCGAAGGGUUGAUAAGGUGAAGGAGGAAGAAGGACAGGAAGACAGAAAUAAGACGGAGCCGAGGAAAAAGCCACUUGAUCUUCCUCUUACUGCACCUGUGCCUCCCGGUAGUUACAUCGCUAUAGGGACUCGAACCCUGCAGGUCUACGUGCUGCGACUUGACUGUAUUCAUGAGAAGGAAGAGGUCAAAGAACCUUCCUCCCCGGUAACUUCUUCUACUGGUAACAACGGGGAUAUUUCAUGUGUACUCACACCGUUGCGUAGCUGGACGGCAGCGCAGCAGGCUAUUGCUGUCGUUCAGUUUACUUUCAGUGGACGCUAUCUUGUUUCUGGUUCAACCGAUGGCGGGGUAAAAGUGUGGGAUGUCUUCAAUCACCACCUCACACAUAAUCUACGUACUCCGUCUGCCAACCUCGUCCACUCUGUUUACGUGGAUCCUGCCGAAAAAUUUAUUUGUGUGGGAAGCUUCGAAGGUCAUGUAGCGAUUUUUGACUUUGUUGGCAAAACUCUGAUUACGCACGGCCAUCCUCAUGUCUCGGCUGUGGAAGCGUUGUGUUUAACGCCGAAUAACGAACAUGUGUUUUCCAUUGGGCGUGAUCGCAAACUUGUCAUCUGCGCAGUGGCCUCGCCCACGUUAGAAGAGGUGCGUAGUUUUGUCGUGAAGGAGCACGUUUCCACCGCGGUGUUUGAAUCACCCUUUCGACUCCACAUUGGCGCGGUUGACGGGACACUCUCCACGUACAGGGUCAGUGUCACGGAGCCUUUGCGUCUUUCACGCCGAAUGCGAGGGCAUUCCGUGGGCGCGGACGGGACUCCGGAUGAUGAGUGGGCCAUUCGAAGUUUACUGGUCGUGCAGAGUCCAAAAGGAAUGCGGGAGGCAGGGCCUCUGUACGGUUUGCUCGACGACGGCAACUCUUCAUCUCUGUACGCCGCUGACGCCGCCUUCAAUAUUUCGCUGCUUCGUCCUGAUGCCGAAGGGAACGGGUACCACGCUGUAUCCACGCUGGUGGGGUUCUUAGACCAGGUGCUGGACAUUAAGCCCUUUCCCCCCGGAUUUCCGUUUCAACGCGUCGUUGUAACAAACAGUAAAGAUGUGCGGUGCUACUCGACGAGCGGGUGUCUUUCGUCCCAGACCCUUCGUGGGCACGAUGACAUAGUGCUGACGUGCGCCGUUUCUGCCGACGCUGGUGUCAUUGCCACAGCUGGGAAGGAUCGUGAGGUUCGCUUCUGGUCCACCACCACUUGGGAGACUGUUGCGAUUGGUCGAGGAGGCCAUGAUGCCGACAUCACUGCCAUUUCCUUUAACACCAAGCAGUCGGAAAGCUACAUGGUUCUCUUUUCGGUUGGUGUGGACGAGAACCUACGACUCUGGGAUGCCGGGGUGCACAUCGUUUCUGCACUGCCACAGGCUGGGACAGGUGCCAAGACGUUCAUAGGGACACCCCCCGUUGUCUUCUCCCACCGCUCCGGCAUUAACGCCGCGCACGAGGGUGCAAUUCACGCGCUGGCAGUCGCCCCGAAUGAUCAGUACGUUGCAACCGCGGGUAAAGACAAGAACGUUAAUCUAUGGAACAUUACUGGUAAAAAGCUCUUUCGGGAUGCAUCGUUGAAGGGCCACCGUCGUGCGGUGUCUUGUCUCGCAUUCUCUCCGAGUGACCGGGUGCUGGCUUCGGCGUCCAACGAUGGAAGUAUUCGUCUGUGGUCGCUCAUUUCCUUGACGUGUGUGAAGACACUGCAGGUGGACCGCACCCCUGUGUUGCAGGUGGUAUUCUUUAAUGGGGGAACACAACUUGUGACAGGAAACGCGGAGGGUGUCUUGCGUGUUUGGGCAAUUGCCGAAUCGGAGGUGGUCUGGUCUGGGGAAACGCACGAGGGCGGAAUAUGGGCCUUGAGUGUUGUGGAGGAGGCACGUGAGAAUGUCUUGCUGUUAUCGGGGUCUGCGGAUGGUGUGCUGGUGGCCACUGAGGAUUACACCUCAGAGGAGGCGGAGCGCGUGCGCCAAGAGCGUCAUGACGUGAUCUUGAAGGAGCAGGAGCUUGCCAACGCGCUGCACAAGGGGCAAUACACGGAGGCGUUCAUGCUUGCGUUGAGGCUGAAUCAUCCGCGCAACCUGCGGCAGGUUAUCAUGAAGUGGUCGGUAAAAGACCCAGAGGAGUGUGAGGCCUCGCUGUGCCGCUCGAUUCUUCCAUCGCUUAAUGAGGAACAGUUGCUGCGACUCCUGCAGUUUACACGUGAGUGGGUCACUAACGCCCGUUACUGCGGCGUCGCAAGUCUGGUGAUGCACUCUGUGUUGGUGACUCAUCACUUUACGGAGUUGGCCGCGAUGCCGGCGGUGCGCACCAUCUUGGAGGCGCUUCUAGCGUACAUGCAGCGACACAGUCAACGCCUCCACGAGGUGCUGCGGCGGACGUAUUACAUUGACUACGUGACUCGCUCGCUGGGACCACUGACACUCACAAGCGAGCCACCUUUUCUUCGCGCUGCGACCAACGUGAAUGGAUGGCCGCAGAAACGGCAACGCUCCGCUGAGGCUGUUUAG